AUGACUUUAAUUAUAAUCCUGAGGUCCUUUGAAGGCACCAGGAGUACGGACGACGUCGACGUUGCAAUCUUUCCUGCCCGCCAAAAGACUGAGAUACCGAAAGAGAACCCACAACAUGAUGUUAUCGAUCGAGGGCAGGCUACUUCAAGCACUCAAGAUGGUGCCAGUGCAUCCCCUAGGGAGCCUCUAUUUGCUGUCGUUCUGCGAGAGGUCGCCACAGAUCGAGAACGAGCUGCUUCAAGCACUCUCGAUGGUGCCAGUGCCACAAGGAACUUUGGUUAUCUUCCCGGAGAAGUCACCGCAGAUCGAGUGCAUCUUGCAUUGGAACACGAUAUAAACCCGUUCACAAAUCAGCCUCAUACUGCGCAAUACAAAAAGAUUCUUGAAGGCCGCAAAACGCUUCCCGUGUUUGCACAUAUGGCCGAGUUCUAUAAGAUAUUCAACAAACACCAAAUCAUCAUCAUGAUCGGCGAGACCGGCUCAGGCAAGACCACGCAAAUACCCCAGUUUGUCGCUUACUCAGAUCUUCCGCACACCAAGAACAAGAUUGUGGCGUGCACUCAGCCUCGCAGAGUCAUUACCACGUCUGUUGCGGAACGCGUGGCAGAUGAGAUGGACGUCCAACUCGGCAAACAAGUCGGUUACUCGAUACGUUUUGAAGACAUGACCGAGCCCGGCACCACCUUCCUCACAUACAUGACCGACGGGAUACUCCUGCGCGAAGCCAUGCACGACCCUGAUCUCAGCCGCUACUCCACUAUCAUCCUCGACGAAGCCCACGAACGUACCCUCGCUACCGACAUCCUCAUGGGCAUCCUCAAAACUCUCGUCCAACGAUGUCCAGACCUCAAGCUCAUCAUCAUGUCCGCCACUCUGGACACUCUCAAGUUCCAGAAGUACUUCACUGUCUCUGGCAGCACCCCUGUCCCGCUAUUUAAGGUUUCCGGUCGUACAUACCCCGUCGAGGUGUUCUAUACGCAGGAGCCGGAACCGGACUAUGUCGAGGCUGCCAUCCGCACUGUGCUCAUGAUUCAUUGCGCCGAGGAACCAGGGGAUAUUUUAUUGUUCCUGACGGGCGAGGUGGAGAUAGAAGAGGUGUGUCGGAAGAUUAAGCUUGAGGCGGAUGACCUUAUCAACUUCGACCCCAUGUCUGUGGGCCCUCUGAUGUGUAUCCCUCUGUACUCGUCAUUACCGCGUCAACACCAGCAACAUAUCUUCGACCCACCGCCCAAAGCAAUCUGUCCAAAUGGCCCACCAGGACGCAAGGUCGUGGCAAGCACGAAUAUCGCGGAGUCGUCACUGACGAUCGAUGGGAUUGUGUACGUCGUGGACCCAGGGUUUUCCAAGCAGAAGGUGUACAAUCCGCGCAUCCGUGCGGAGAGCUUACUCGUGAGCCCGAUCUCCAAAGCAUCGGCACAGCAGCGUGCGGGCCGUGCCGGGCGAACGAGGCCGGGUAAAUGUUAUAGGUUGUACACGGAGAAUGACUUCAUCUCAGAGCUCGAGGAGCAGACGCACCCUGAAAUUCUGAGGAGUAAUUUAGCUAAUAUCGUGUUGAUACUUAUCAAGGCAGGGAUGAAGGAUCUUAUCAGGUUUGAUUGGGUGGAUGCGCCAGCACCAGAGACAUUGAUGAGGGCACUGGAAUUAUUGAAUUACCUCGCAGCAGUGGAUGAUGAUGGGAACCUCACGGCGCUUGGGAGUAUCAUGGCUGAAUUCCCUCUGGAUCCCCAGUUCUCAAAGAUGCUGAUCGUCAGCCCAGAGUUAAAAUGUAGCAACGAGAUAUUGACGAUCACUGCGAUGCUGUCAGUGCCAAAUGUAUGGCUACGGCCGAGUAACAAACUAAAAGAGGCGGAUGCUGCAAAAGCACUGUUUACCGUCCCCGGUGGCGACCACCUAAUGCUUCUGAACGUGUACAAUAGGUACAUUCAAAACCAACGCGACAAAAACUGGACAUGGGUUCACUACCUCUCCGCUUCAGCGCUACUGCAAGCAGUCAACGUGCGUGAGCAGCUGGAACAGACGAUGGGGCGGUUUGAGUUGGCCGUUGUAAGCAUGCGAGAUCAGAGGGAGAUGUCUCUGGCAAUCAAACAGGCAUUGUGUUGUGGCUUUUUCAUGCAAGUUGCACAUAUGGUGGGAGGGAUGGGGGAUUAUAUGACCAUGAAGGACAAUCAGGCAUGUUAUCUUGAUUUGCGUGGGGCCACGGCGCUGCAUCCAUCGUGCGGACUGGAUACGCAACCGGAGUGGGUGAUUUUUCACGAGUUCGUACUUACGACGAGACCGUAUAUACGGACCGUCACAGAUGUCCGACCAGAAUGGCUCCUCGAGUACGCGCCCUUGUACUUUGAUUUGAAGAAUUGGCCAGAUGGAGAGACGAAGCGCGCAUUGAUCAGGGUUAUGAUGCGUGCAUGAUGAGGUCUACGAACCGGGGGACCGCACGCAAGAAACAACUCAAAGCGACGCGCGUUGGUAGAAGUGACCAAGAUAUCAAAGGCUUGAUAAAAGGGAUGAAGAAUUUGAGGACUUCUUCGGGAGGUCAGCCCCCCGGUAAGUCAAACACGAUCAGAAGAAGCUGGACGUGAAUCAAAGGAAUAGGGAUGGCAUGAUAUCGGACUGUAUCCGGUAUGUGAAGUGUAGUAUAUGUACAUCAACAAACUCUGGGGUUGUCCAUGCGUACAGCACUGUCAAAACUCCGGAGCUGGGCAGUUUCUGUAUUCUUGACGACUUUGAAGAAUGGUGGACAGCCUACCCAGAGAGUGUGCGAGUGCAAAUAUAGCCUGAGUGCACAAAUGUACAUGACUCGGCCAUACAGUGAUGCUAAAACUUUAUUU